CCUUGACUUGUGUUGUUUGUUGCUCACAUGUUUUUGAUCUUUACAUAGUUUUGAGUCCCGCCGGUUCAGAACUUCAGGAGACCAGACGACCAUCCUCCACACUCAGCAUGGGGGCGUUGGGACUGCUGCUGCUGUUGGGGCUCCUCUCCGGGGGGUCUGCAGUGAUUCACUCUCUGAGGUAUUUCGACAUGGCGUCGUCUGGCCUCUCAUCCUUCCCAGAGUAUGUUGCUGCUGGGAUGGUGGAUGAGGUUCAGUUUGUUCACUAUGACAGCGUCAGUAAGAGAGCUGUACCCAAACAGGCCUGGAUGGACCAGGUCACCACAGAGGACCCAGACUACUGGGACGGGCAGACUGCAGGAUAUCAGGUUUACCAGCAGGUCUUCAAGGGCAACGUAGAGACGGCUAAGAAGCGCUUCAACCAGACGGGAGGUGGCCACGUGUUUCAGGUGAUGUCUGGCUGUGAGUGGGAUGAUGAGGAUGAUACUACUGAUGGUCAUCAGCAGUAUGCCUACGAUGGAGAGGACUUCAUAGCGUUUGACCUGAAGACCCUGACCUGGGUCGCUCCAGUACGUCAGGCUGUCCCCACCAAACUGAGAUGGGAUCAGGAUAGAGCUGUGAAGCAAUACAGGAAGAACUACUACACCAAGGAGUGUGUUGAUUGGCUAAAGAAGUACCUGGCCUAUGGGAAGAGCACUCUGCAGAGAACAGAGCGUCCGCGGGUGUCUCUGCUCCAGAGGAGCCCCUCCUCCCCAGUGGUGUGCCAUGCUACAGGCUUCUUCCCUGACAGGGUGGUGGUGUUCUGGAGGAGAGACGGCCAGGAGCUCCAUGAGCAGGUGGACCCCGGGGAGGUCCUCCCCAACCACGACGGGACCUUCCAGGUCAGCGUGGACCUGGACCUCACGGCCGUCCCACAGGAGGACUGGGGGAGGUACGAGUGUGUGGUCCAGCGGAAAGGCUUCGAGGACAUCCCCACCCCCCUGGACCCCGCCCUCAUCAGGACCAACUGGGGGAAGACUGGGAGGGACGGAGGGCUCCCGGGGUCCUUCCUCGUCGCUGGCUCUGUGGCGGGGGCCCUCCUCCUGGUUGGAGCUCUGGUCCUGGCGGGAGUCUGUUGGUACUGGAAGAGGAACGAUUCAGCCAAACGUCCAGCAGCUGGUUCUGACACCAGCUCUGAGAUCCCUGAGGGACAGAAACGUCUUCUGGCCCCGACCCCUGACCCCAAGAAAGAGAUCUAAGCUAUGUGGCCAGAGCCCGAGGAUGUCGUCCAGGAACCGACAGUUCACCUGUGGAAGCAAUGUGCAAGAACCACGCCAUGUAGACGUUCUCAUAGCUGGGGGGGGAACUUCUUGCCCGUCGCCGUCCCGUGUGUCUGGAGGUAAUGCUUGUUGUUAUAAAGGAAGUCCUUCCUGCAGGUUGGUGGUCAGUGACUCCAACAGGUGGCUGGGGGGCCUGUCGGGGUCGGGGUACCAGAGGAGUGCAGAGCGGACAGCCCGCGGGCCAGAUCCAUGUCCAUGUUGGUGUACAAUGAACCUAGAUCAACUGUGAAUAAAAACGCUUGUGUGGAAACCGGUGUGUUAUUCAGUGUUUGGAUGGAGUGGGAGGUAUCUCUGAUGCAGCCGGGGUGUUUCCGGGAGAUGGGGUUGAGGUGGUGUUCUAUAAGAUGGAGGACGGUGGAUAGGUUCAGGGUAUUAGAUUCCUGGGGAC